UUUGUAUAUUUGAUUAAGAAAUUCAAUCUGAUCCGAUCUAAUUUUAUGCGGCAAAUAAAAAAUUAAAUAACAUAUCAUAUUAAAAAUAAAUAAAUUAGUAUAAAAUUAUAUACACGUUGUUCGGUUUUAAAAAGUCAAUCUGAAUCAAAUAAUUUUUACGGUUUUCGAUUUUUUUUAUAUCGAUAUGUGAUUUUUAUUUGAACCGGUGUGGAUUUGGGCACACCUAUGAACAAUACAAAAUUUUGAUACGAGACAAAUGUUUUUGACUUGUUAAAUCUUAUUAAUUUAAUUUUACAUACUUUUAAAUAAUUUAAAAUAUUUAAUUUUUGGUAAAAUUUAAAUAAGAUUUAAAUUAUUAGAAUUUUGAUUUGAAAAAUCUUUAAAUAAGAUUGUAUUAUUAGCUGAAAUUUAAAAUAAAAACUGUUAAAUACUAAAAUAAACGGUUAAAUACCAUUAUUAUUUCAAGACAAGAUUAUGAAGUAAUAAUAUUUCAUUAUUGUAUAGUUUACAAUUUACAUUGAGACUUGUUUGAGGCGCCACUUGACUUGAAAACCUAUAUAUUUUGGUUUUCCCUUCAAAACCAUAACCGUCAAAAGUCAAAACCCUAUUCAUUCAUAUCCGCCAUCAAGAUGUUGGAACUCCGUCUAGUCCAAGGUUCACUUCUCAAGAAAGUUCUAGAAUCGAUCAAGGAGUUGGUGAACGAUGCAAACUUCGACUGUUCUUCUACUGGUUUCUCCCUUCAAGCCAUGGAUUCUAGCCAUGUCGCUUUGGUGUCGCUUCUUCUAAAACCGGAGGGUUUUGAGCAUUAUCGAUGUGACCGUAACCUCUCUAUGGGAAUGAAUCUCAACAACAUGGCUAAGAUAUUGAAGUUCGCAGGGAAUGAUGAUAUCAUUACCAUCAAGGCUGAUGAUGGCAGUGACACCGACACCGACACCGUGACCUUCAUGUUUGAAAGCCCUAAGCAAGAUAAGAUUUCUGACUUCACGAUGAAGCUGAUGGACAUUGAUGGCGAACACCUAGGAAUUCCGGAGGCUGAAUAUCAUGCCAUUGUUAGAAUGCCAUCUGCUGAGUUCGCUAGGGUUUGCAAAGAUCUAAGCACCAUUGGUGAUACUGUUGUGAUUACGGUUUCUAAAGAGGGUGUUAAGUUUUCCACUAAAGGAGAUAUUGGAAGUGCAAAUAUUGUUUGCAGGGGGAAUACUAAUGUGGACAAGCCUGAAGAAGCUACGGUGAUAGAGAUGAAUGAGCCUGUUGCGUUGCGGUUUGGUCUGAGAUACAUGAACUCUUUUACAAAGGCAACCCCUCUAUCAAGCUCGGUUACCAUCAGUCUGUCAAAUGAGAUGCCAGUUGUUGUUGAGUACAAGAUUGCUGAGAUGGGUUAUGUGAGAUUCUAUUUGGCGCCUAAAAUAGAGGAGGAUGAAGAAGAAACAAAACCCCAAGUUUAGACCAAUAUUAAUGUUACAUUUUAGGUUUGAGUUUGCAUUUAGUUGUAGGGUGCUUUUAUAUAUUACUAAGGUUUUAAUACAUUACUACUAUGAAGUUUAAUACCAUAGGGUUUUUAACCAAAAAUAUGUAAAGUAUUUUAUAGCUAAUAUCGGAUCAAACUUCAUAUUUAAGACUUUAAAUUAUAUUCAAUUGAAUUUUUAAUUUAUUUAAUACAAUAUAAAUACUUUUAGUUGUUCAGUUCAAUAAAUAGUAUAAUUAAUUAAAAUAAUAUAGUGAAAAAAGGAAUAAAAUAACAACACAAGAUAUUAAUGUGGAAAUUCUAAAAUCGGAGAAAAAAUAAUAUAGUGAAAAAAGGAAGAAAAUACCCUUUUUCAUCACCAAGAUUCAAACUAAGGACACCUUUGUUAAAGAAAAACU